UUCAAAGGAUAUCGUUUUCAUUGGGCACUCAAUGGGUCUGAUCCAAAUAUAAGGUAAGGUGAAAAAACGCUUUAUUCUGCUACGAAGAACUUGUUGGAACACUACGUUGUGAAAAGUUCAAAUUCUUACUUACAAUGAUGGAUAAUCUCCAGUUUCAAUGAGUUAAUUUUUUUGAGAACAGGACAUAAUAGUCCUAGUUAUACAGCGGCUUUGACAGGUCAAAGUUUUGAGCUACAAUAUUUUCUAAAAUGCAUUGCAUCCAACACACAAUUGCGGUUUUUUGCCGCGUUUGUCAUAGCUAUUUCCCCAUUUUUUCACAGGAAUUUCAAAAAUCUCCUUCGACUUCCUCAUACAGUGAAUACUUUCUGGAGAGGAUCAUUAAGCUUUCUUUCUUGAAACGCUGUUUAAUACUUUCAGUUAAUUGUAACAUUAUUUCAUUUAGCUACUUGUAAAGAGGAUUCCACAUGGUAUGACAUGAGUGUUAACAAAUGUAUCUCCCUUGUUUUCAUGAAUUGAGAAGUUUGUACAAUGGUGCUUCCUAUAAAAAUAUGGAUGGCAGGACAGUACUGUACCUGAGUGGAGCCAAUCGUUCCUACGCAGAAACCCCAGCACUCCCGAUCCGAGUUAUCAGCUUUAGUAUCAUGUGUUGGAUAAACGUUUUGAGCCUUUCAAGUGAUCAUCCAGUUCAUAUCUAUUCUGACUGGUCAGAACCACAUCAGUUCAGAAUCUUUAUUUAUAAAAGUCAUAAAAUUUGUGUUAAUCUGCGAAAUUCUUUUGGUGCAAAACGUGAAAUGUUUAAUCUCUGUGACGGGUAAGUGCUUAAGAUACAUCUCUUGUUUUCCUACGUAAUAUUAGUAAAUAGGAAGAGACACGUAGAGCAUUCAAGUGUGUAUCCCAGAGCGAUUUACCUUCCUAGGAUGUAUAUUGAGAAGCGGAGAUUUGUGCAAAGCCUCAUUCCCUUUUGUGUUCUGUUCUCUCAUAAUCAAAGGAAGAUCAUCCCCAGUAAAUGGAUGCACGUGGCGUUCACAUGGAGCCGAGAUAGAAAAGAGGGAAUUCUGUACAUUGAUGGAAUUAAAGAAGGUAGCAAGAGUGUUUCUAAUGGUCCUUUAGACCUGAUCGAAAAUAAUCAUACAGUUUUCGACAUUGGGUUGAAACGAGACAGCAUGCAUUUUCCGACUUUUGAUGGAUACAUGAGAGAUCUCCUAGUGGUUGAUAAAGCGCUAUCAGGAGAUGAAGUGAAAUACAUGAAAGACAUACUUUAA